AUGUGUUCCGUGAAAUGUCACACUUUUGAGGACGCAACAUAUUCUGAUUCGAAUCCUGAAAAGCCAUGGCAUCACAUAAAGAAAGCUCAGUCAGUAAAUGUCCGUCAGCAUCAUUUCGACAGAGGCUUUGUUGCUGAUGCUUAUAUUCAACACAAUCACAGGUCACAAGUCACGAGGCAUCAAGUUCAGGCUUACAGGAGUUAUGCUCAUGACGACUUACUCCGAAAGAUUCGUGCCGCGCUUGCAGUGGAGAUCAAACAGGCUACAGAAACCUAGAGUACAGAAGAAACGAUAGCCGGAUAAAUCGCCCCAAUCAGCCUGAUUCAAACCUUCUUGUGCUCUCCAAAUGCUUGAUAGUAUGAGAAGUCAUUGAAAAGACUCACCUUUUAGAUUGAUUAUGCGCAAAUCAUCAACUU